AUGACUUCGAGAUUAGAGAUGCCUUCGGGACUAGUAACACUUUCGACAACCGUUCAUCCCACAAACCCAAUCACCACUACUAUCUCCACCAUCCUGCUGCCGACACCUCUGUUGACGAAUGAGAUCCUGAUCAAAGUAUUUGCUGUCGCCUCCAAUCCAAAGGACUGGCUUCAUCUGGUUGCCAUGGGCACGUCGCUCAAUUCCGGAGAUGACUUGGCGGGCAUUGUCGUGGCAACAGGGUCAGAGGUAUCCAGAUUUUGUCCUGGUGAUCGCGUUGCUGCUUUCCACCCGAUGGGCAAGCCUUACGGGGCAUAUGCUCAAUAUGCCAUCGCUCCAGAACACACCACCUUCCACAUUCCGGAGGCCAUGAUCUUUGAAGAAGCCAGUACUAUCCCACUUGUCAGUCUAACGGCUGCUCUGACUCUGUUUCGGAGACAGGGCUUCACCGCUCCAUGGGAACCAGACGCAGAUACCAAGAGCCAUAAGCCGUUGCUGGUGUAUGGUGCUUCCACAUCUCUCGGUACCUACGCUAUCAAACUUGCAAAGCUCGCUGGAGUCACGCCGAUCAUUGCUAUUGGCGGAGGAAGUAGCGAUUAUGUGAAGGGUCUGCUCGAUCUGCCGCGCGAUGUUUUUUCCGACUAUAGAGCUGGCAUGCGAACACUCAAGGAAGAGAUUAAGCAUAUCUCAAAUGAACGAAUGUUGACUUUGGCGAAUGGUCUUGAUGCGGUUAACGAUGACGACAGCUGGGUCCAUGUCAGUCAGAUGCUUCAUGGGGGAAGACUCAGUGUCUUUUCCGGCGCCAAAAGGUACGACGAGGAAGACAUUUCGAAGGAUGUGGAAAUUAUCUACACCUUUGUUGGCACAGGCCAUGAGGGCUCAUACAGACAAGGGAUGCCUAAGCAACCUUCAGCAGAAGAUGCGCAAGGAGACGUUGACUUCGCCAGGAGGUUCUUCGUCUGGCUUGAAGACGCACUGAGACAGGGUAAAUACUCGGGCCACCCAUACGAGAUCAUUCCCGGAGGUCUGGAUGGCGUAUCAGAGGGACUCAACCGGCUCCGGCGUGGUCAGUCCAGGGGCAAGAAGUUGGUGUACCAGGUCGAACACGGCAUGGGAGAGGAGUGA